GCUCUUCCUUUUUUCUCCCCUGCAGCCGAACAAGAAGCAAGCUUUCGACAGCCCUCCCUUGAAGAAAAAUCGGUAAAAGCUUGGUAUUUUUCUCCUUCUUUUCUUGUUCUAGGACUGGAAUUGAACCCAGAAUUCUUCCCCCUACAGAGAAAAUCCUAGAUCUGCUCUAAUCCUUCCUCCCGUCCGUCUGCUGCUCCUACUUUGUGGGGGCAAAUUGCUUUGGUUUUUGUAGAUUUCUUGAUUUUUUUCUCCCCAAUUCCCGCUGGCUUCCUUUAGCUUGGAGCUCCGGUUUUGCUGGGAAAUUUCUGCUCAUUGGUUAGGAAAUUUGCGAGAUUGUGCUUGGAAUAUUAGGUGCUGUUAUGGCUUAGAACACUGGGAUUGAGUCUUCCGUAUUACGGAUUUGAGGUAAGGAAAUUAUGGUAAUGCCCUUUGAUUUUAAAGCACAUUUUAGUUUGUUUUUGAAGUGGUGGCGGGACUAAACCCGUUUUACAUAAGUAUGACCGAUUUGAAAUGAAAUUAUUAUUCUUUUUAUUUAUUUGAGCAUGCCUACUUGGAAAUUAUUUAACUGCCCUGAUGAUCUGGAAAUUAUCUGUAAAGUAUGAUUUUCUGUUAACUUCUGCCUGUUUUGUCUCCGAUAUGGUCAUGUUAUUCGUGUGCCCGCUAGUGGGAGGUUUAUAAACGCUAGCACAUGUCGACAUGUUACUGAUAGAACCGGUUCAUUUCUGUUAUCUUGCUAGUGGGAUUAUACACUAAUAAAUCGUAUGCCUGUCAGUGGGAGGUUUAUAACACUAGCCAUGACCUAUAGAGGAGACAUCUAUUUCAUUUCCGUACUCGUACCUGUUUUUCGUAAUUAUACCGGUUAGCAUGCUAUAAGUUUAAUUAAGGGCUAUCCAUAUUUACUUACUGAGUUAUCUCAUAGUUUUUCCUUGUCCACCAUUUUAGGAAGCGAAGUCAAGGACGAGGAAAAACGAGGGGAGUGAUGAGUUAAAAGGCUAGCCACCUGUAAUUUGAUAUAGAUUUAGAUAUAGAUCAUGAUCUUGUAAGCUAGAUUUUAAUUGGAGAUUUUAUAAAUUCAUUUAAUGGAU